CUGGAACAGUUCUGGGUUAGUGAAAGAAAAAUCGAGAACAUCAGGCUACUUUUAAUGCAUGCGUUUUUCAUCCAUUAUAUUUUCUUUUAUUUUUUUUAUAUUAAAUUUCUCACAUGCAUACUACUUAACAACUCUAAACAACUUCCUGCGAUAGUCCAGUCAAUUGUUUAUAAUUCGCUUAACUUAAUUGUCCCACACUUGUAUGAAAUAUCUCGUCUUUUUUUAUUACUGUUUUAUGAUAAAUUAUUUGUAGCACAAUUUAUUUAAUUUAAGCAACUCGAGUGCUUUUCGCCCCACGCUCCCCUAAAUCAUCACGCAUGCGAUGCAUAGAACGAAUUCGUUCAAUAUCGAGUCCUACCGGAACAAUGGCUGGUGGUGUGUGUUGUGGUGGUCGCCCUAUGCCUAUGACUUCACUGUCGCACGAACGAAACGCAACACGGCGUGCCACUGUGUUGAAGCGCUUGAAGACUACUAAAAGUGUUUGAUGACCCGGUAGCUGUCAGUUAAUAGAGUGAUUCCGUGCGAUACGGACGUGCGGCGGAGUGUCUCUCGAAGCGCAACGCGGAAAGACAAAAAGUUCGGUUCGGUUCGGUGUGUUUUUAUCUCGGCUUGUUGUUAGUGCGAGAUGUGGAAAAUUACGCUGCUCGUGUCACUCGCGGUGGCUACCGGGUUUGGACGGGCCGCCGAAACUGAGGAGGCUAAAAAUGCGAAAGAUUCCUAUUUGGCGGCGCUGAAGAAUUCGCACAAAAUUAACACACUACCGUACAAAGGCACUCCGAUACGGAUAUCGCGCGGUGAUUACAACAUCGUCCCAUCCAGCUCCUACGACUACAGUGUUCCUUCCGCAAACUAUGGUCCCCCGACCGGUAACGAGCUUUACCAACCGGCCCCACACAAAGAGUACGGCCCACCACCCAAACCCGUCUAUGGUCCACCGAAACCAAUCUACGGUCCACCGCCACCACCACCACCAUCCGGUCCCGUCAGCCACGGAAUGCCAUACUUUAGCCCCGAGAAUUGGUUGCUCAGCAAGCUGAAGUUCAAGUUCGAUCUGUUCACCGUCGGCAAGAUACUGCUAAAGCUGGUCAUCUUCAAGAAGAUUGUAAAGUUUAUCGCACUGCUCUGCUUGCUGUUCUUCAUUCCCACGCUGAAGCCGUCCGGUGGCGGUGGCCACAGCGAGGAAAGCAGCGAAGAAGAUCGUCGCCGAUCGUACGAUCUGCAAUAUGACUACGAACAACGGCUGGGUGAGAUGACCAAGUUUGCGCUGACCGCUCUGGAAGCAUUUACCGUCGAUAAUGCUCUGUACUGUCCGGAGGAGAAUCUAUUGUCCUGUCGCUUCAAGCGCAUGUUUGAUGUGAUCGACGAGUCUUAUCCCGUAUCGAGGAUCUACACCAUUUACCUUCCCCCCACGGACAGUGGAGAAAAAAAUAACGCUUCAGAGGAGAAGGAUCACACCAAGAAUAGGCUCGAUACCAACGUGGGGCAGGAGGAGGAAAAUUAGCUGCCAUAACAGGUGCGAACCAGCCUAGGACGGGGUACCUGGUAUCCCGCUACGUUUAGUUAGUGAUUUCGAUUAUUUAUGUUGAGUAAAGUAUUUAUUAACUUAUUGAGGAAAAGAA